AGACAAACUGAGACAAUGGAAGUGAUCAAAGAAAGUGCUGCUAUGUUGAGCAACUUUGAGGUCCAUGCUCUGCUUAAAGAAUUACAAUCGGGAAGCUCUCAGAGAGGGAAGAAGAGCAUCAGUAAAAAGCAACAGAACCUUGCCACAAUAUCCUAUGAGACAAUCAAAUACCUUGAGAAGACUCCCUGCGGGCUUCAAACUCCUGAGGUAGUGGAGAAAUUCCUGCGAGCUCUCACUCCAUUCAGCCUUACCAAGUCUGAGAAAUUGCAGCUUCUAAAUCAUAGGCCGACAACAACAGUAGAAAUAAUGGCAAUGAUAGAGGAAUGUGAGGAACGAUUGACAGAAGAGCAGAUGGAAUCCCUCAUUCAAGUCAUCACCUCCAUCCUACCAGGAGAGCAAGGGGAAGAAGAGGAUGAGGAAGGAGAAGAAGAAAUGGAAGAAGGAGAAGAAGGAUAAAUCAUUGCUUUCAUCUAAUGUAGAAAAGUUGUCAUUCAGAGAGGAUGGAUGUUGAACCGGUAGAAAUGAAAGAACUUGAAGGAACUUGAAAAUUCAUCCCGACAUCCAUCUUAGUCUUACUCUGAUGUCUUGCAGAACUAGCUAGAGUUGGAAACUGAGUUGGUAAAGGAGGGAAGGGAGAAUGAAGAGGGAAGCUGUUUAGCCAGUGGGCUGUGUGCACCGAGGAGCUGGCUGUUAGUAGGUUACAGUACAUAUUGCUGCACAAGGGUCCCUGCGAGAGGUUAUACAUUCUAUUUCAGGAUUUAUUAAAAGAAAGUGGAAGAAAAUCAAAACCUGCGGCAAUGAUAGAUGGAAUGCAUUAUGUCACAUGAUGUCGAUUUGUCAAAUCAGUGAUUAUUAUUCUAGUAUGGGUAUAUAAAAUGUUUCAUCAUUGGAAAGUUUUGUUGUACAGUAUGCUUGACUUAUGACAUGCCAAAUGGGCGUCUCAAUCAAUAAAAGAAUACUGCUUAAUGCAUCAGAGUGAUGUAUCUUAGCCAUUUACAUCAGCUGAAUUACCAGGAACAUGUGUUUAUUCAAGUUCUUGCAGUUAAAACACAUGUUGCUGUAGAGAACAUAUUUGCAAAAAUUAGAUAAAAAUUCUUUGUACUUCAUGAAAACAUCACAUUUCCACUUAUAUUCCAAUCGCUGAUAAAGUUGCACAUACAUUUUGUAAAUUUUAGCAUUAUGAAAUAGCCCUUGGUUUCAUUAGAAUGUACACUGGAUAAUGCUUUUGUGGGAGAUAUGGUAGGAGAUCUUGCAGAUUGGAUCCAUUAAUAUGAUAAAAUUUGCAACAACCCAUGGCCAUAAUAAGAUGCCUAGUAUCAAAAGAAAAUUCUAUCCAUCACAAGAAAGAAGAAGAUAAUUGUAUCCAGGGGAGGAUCCAAGAUUUUCCAAAGGGGGAGGGGAGGCGAAUGUUCUCAAAGAAAAUUUUACAGGCUUAACCCUAUAUUUAGGCCCCCCCCUCGACAUUUUUUGCGAUAAUUUCUAAAUGCAAAAAAAUAAUACGCUGAAAUUUCAUGACUUUUUUAUUUCACAUCUCCCGCACAUUUUGAGACCCUGUUUGCGAAAAUCGGCGGUACACUUGCGGAGAUAUAGCAUGCUUGACUCCAUUGCAUUUUCUCCAAAAAUGGGGGGGAAACUACAAAAAAAUGAAAAUUCCUUGAAAAAAUUUGAAUAUUUGCAUAAUUAAUUAGAUAAAAAAAAUGAUAAUAUCACAAAUUUGACAACGCAUUCUUGUAAAAUAUAUAAUGAGACACCCACACACCAAAUUUGGUCACAAUCCGCCGAUAAACGGCCGAGAUCUGAUGGGGGGGCCUAAUAGCCCCCCCCCCCCGGGCUAUGCAAUUUCAAGAUAGCCCGGGCUAUAUAGGGUUAAAAGAAAAAGUGUAUGAACAACAUAUCUACAUUAAAAAUAUUGACUUUGACUAUCAAAGGGAGGUGGGGGCACGGGCUGGAUCUGCCACCAAUUGUAGCUCAGUAUUGCUUCUUAAUUGCUAUUUGAAGAUGAAUGUCAAUUUCCUGGACCCAUACCACCAAGCUUAGUUAUUGAUCAUGCAGCUGACACAUAGUGAUCAAUAUAAUCAAUUAUAAAACCAGCCCUAUGAUCACAUUCUAAGCUUUGAGUUACAGAGCCCUGGGGAGUGUUCCAUCAACAACAUUUUUUCCGACAUGUUGGAUCUGACAACUUUCCUUGAUUUUGAUUGGCUGAGAAGCACUGUUACUAUGGUAACUAUUGGACUCAGACAAGUCCUUUCAUGAAACUCUCCCCUGGCCAGGUCGUGAAAUACGUACAUGUAGUGAGUUAGCGUGACCAUUGAAAAAUUUCAUGUGGGAUCAACAAUAUAAUGUGAAUAAAAUUGUCAUUGAUGAAUUCCAAGUUAAUCAUUUUGGAAAAUCAUGUAUAGUGUGGUCAUGGUUGUCAUGAAAUUUUAGUACGUAAUAGUUGUAUUAUUAAAGAGCAGAAGUGGAAACCACAUAGUAGUCACAAACUAAAAUGAGUACAGAACAAAUGAAGGAAAUAAUUAUAAGACUGGCAUUGUAAUGAAAAUAUGAUUAUCAUGGCUCUUAACAGAGUAUCUGGAGUCAACCAUGCUGUGGAAUUGCCAAAAUAGUCUGAAAU